UACGUCCAAGUUUGGAAAUUGAGGAAGUGCGCAGACAGCGGGCAAAUCACAAAGCAUCACCAAACAUCCAACGGUUUUUUAAACAGUUAAUUCACUUUCACACAGAAAUACACUAUGGCAUAUCAGCUUUACAGAAACACGACACUUGGGAACAGUCUACAGGAGAGCCUCGAUGAACUAAUUCAGACCCAACAGAUUACUCCACAGUUAGCACUCCAAGUGCUCUUACAGUUUGAUAAAGCUAUCAACACAGCUCUGGCCAACCGGGUCCGCAACAGAGUCAAUUUUAGGGGAUCACUGAACACAUACAGAUUCUGCGAUAACGUUUGGACAUUUGUUUUAAAUGAUGUUGAGUUUCGAGAAGUGACUGACCUGGUCAAGGUGGACAAAGUAAAAAUUGUAGCAUGUGAUGGCAAAAACACUGGUUCUAAUGCAGCUGAGUGAGAAAAAGCGAGAGAGCGAGGAAGAGAGGAAAUUGCUGGCUGAUGGAAAGGAUGAAGAGAAUUAAAGACAAGGCACACAGCAGCGAGGACUGUGUAUAUAUAAUUUAUUACAAGAAACAGUUCUCCAGCCUUCAUACAAAAACCUGCUCAGUGGAGGACUGACAAAAGUAUGGAGCACACAAGGCCUUGGAUGUCACGUGGAUUUUUUUCUUUUUAUAUAUAAAUAUAUAUAAUUUUCAUAGAAUUGCCAAUUCUUUUCAGUUUGUUACAAUUUAGCUUAUUCUCUAAUAAACUUGUUUUAAAGGUU